AUGAGUUCACUCCCAGCUUGGAAAAGAGCCGGUCUUAGUGUCCAGCAGAACAAAUCUGAAGAAGAUGAAAACGAUCUACUCGAAACUAGAAGAAUCGAUACUGCCGAUUUAACCAAGAACCAAUUGAAAAAAGUGGGUAAUAAACGUAAACUACAAGAAGCACUUGGAUUGUCCUCAUCGACAUCGUCAUCAGGUAAGAAUAUCAGUGCAGUUAACAAGAAGCCACCAAAAAGGAUAAAGUUGCCCAAAAAUGAAAGAAAACCACCACCGAUAAAGGAUCAAUAUACAUAUUUGAGACAAUUUGCACACGAUAGAUCAAAUUGGAAGUUUAACAAGCUGAAACAGAACUGGAUCUUGAAGAAUUUACACAGUAUUCCUAAUGAGUAUGAACCGGAUUUGGUAUUCUACUUGUCUACUUUGCAAGGUGGAUCAAGAGAUCGAUUAGUUGACGAGUUGAAAAAAGUGAUUGAAAAAUGGAAUGCCAAGUAUGAGGAGAUGGAGAAGAAAAUUGAGGAGAAGCUAUUGAAUGGUGAGACUGAAGAUGAAGGGAAAGACAAUGGAUCGGAGAAGAAGGAGAAGGAGGAUGAACAAGCUGACUUGAGCUUGGAAUUUGUCGUUAGAUGCAAAGCCAUACUAUCGUCCCUAAUUGAUGAUCAGGUAGAAAUUAGGGGACAUCAAGAGGGGGAAAGUACACAAGCUAAAGUUGAAGUAGUCAAGGGGACUCUGGAAUCGAAGAAUGACGGACAUUUGGUGAGUGAAGCUAAUGCUGAGACGACCACGGUCGAGGUGGAACAAGAUGAGAAGGAAAAGAAGGAAACGAAGCAAAAGAAGGAAACGAAAGAAAAGAAGGAAACGAAGGAAAAGAAGGAAACUAAACAAAAGAAGAAGAAGAGGGAGGGGAAGGAUAAAAAAGACAAUGAGAAGAAGGAAAAGAACGUCAAAUUCGAAUCCCCAAAAGAGUCAAAUGACGCUACUGAUACCUCCAAUUUGAUUAUUAAUGAGGUUGAAGUGUGA